AUGUCGGCCGCCACGAUGCGGUCGCCCACGACGACCACGGCGCCCCUCCCCCUCGGCCUGCAGCGCUACCACGUCCUCUUCCUCGGCUACUUUACCGCCAUCGUCGUCCUCGGCACCGUCUACUCGAUCCUCACCGGCUCACACCACGCAAACCUGCACACCACCAUCGCAAACGCCUCCCUCGCCGCCGCCGGCGCCUCCCCGCUUUCGCACACCGACUCAACCACCCGCCUCCCGCCCCUGCCGCCCACCCUCGUCCCGCCAGGCCACGCGCUCGCCUACUGGGCCAACCGCAAAAACAUCUUCAACCAGCUCUUUGUCAAGCGCGCCUGGUUCUGGACCACGCUCGCGUCGGCCCUCGUCACCAUCGUCAUCAGGACCCGCCCCGGCGCCAGGAUCGUCGGUGACAGCCUCGGCGUCGACGUAGACCAGAGGGGAAACCUCAAGAUCAACGACCCUCGCUCCCAGAACAGGCUCGAUGCACAGUCAAAGACCACUGUCACCAGCCCCGUAGCCAAGAGCACGUUGCGAUGGCUCAUGGCUACCGGAUACUGGCGUGACCUCUUCACCAGCUGGUUCUUCGGCCCGCCGCUCACCGAGCGCAUCCUGACGGCCACGGGCGGCGUGUGCAUCCCCUCGGCGGGGCUAUCCGGCGAGGUCGACGCCGCAUACUGCCGCAGCCGCUCCACCAUCACCUCGACGAGCCACCCGGAUCUCUUUUCCAAGCUCUCGCUCGCCUCGUCCUCGUCGUCGUCCUCGUCGCUGCCCGGCGGCGAUGCGGCAAUGGCGCUCAAGCCCCUCUGGCGCGGGGGCCACGACAUUUCGGGCCACACGUUCCUCAUGGUCCUCUCUGCCCUCUUCCUGCUCGAGGAAAUCGCUCCCUUCCUCCCGCACCUCGUUCCGCGCGGCGUGGCGGACCUUUUCCCGCGGUCCGGAUGGAGCAUCUCGAACCCGUUCGUCGUCCGCGUCGGACCCGUCGGGUCCAGCAGAAAGGCCGGCGCCGGCCAGGAGCAGGAACAGCACGGUCGCAGGCAGAUCGACACGGCACCGACGGCCGUGCUCGCAUUCGUCCUCGCCAUCGUCGCGCUCUGGAGCUGGAUGCUCCUCAUGACCGCCGUCUACUUCCACACGCCCCAGGAAAAGAUUACCGGCCUCGUCGUCGCCAUCGGCUGCUGGCUCCUGCUGCCCAAGGGCGGUUGA